UCACGGUUUCGGAUAUGGCUUUCACGUUAUAUUUAAAAAGAAAGAGAGUUGAAGGGUGUUUUCGUCAUUAACAUAACCAUCGGGUCAAUAACGGAGAUUUCACCUAUCCGGUGACCUUAUCCCCUCGCCGGUGAACGAAUCUCAGAUCCAAAUUCUUUAGGCGAAACAAAUCCACAGAUCCUCUGAAAAAUUCAAGCAAAAUCAAUGGAGGAAGACGACGAGAUACAGUCGAUUCAUUCUCCGGGAGAUUCUUCCCUUUCACCACAAGCUCCUCCCUCUCCGCCGAUUUUACCGACAAACGACGUUACGGUCGCCGUUGUGAAGAAACCGACGGCUGCUUCUGUCUCUUCUCAGUCUCCCUCGAGGAACGCUUUAGCGUUAGUGGUUCAUACUCCUGCUGUAACCGGUGGUGGUGGUGGUGUUAGCGGUAACAGAAACGGACGAGGAGGAAGCGGUGGUGGCGGCGGCGGAAGAGAUGACUGUUGGAGCGAAGAAGCUACAAAGGUUCUAAUCGACGCCUGGGGAGAUCGGUUCUCUGAGCCAGGUAAAGGAACGUUAAAGCAACAACAUUGGAAAGAAGUAGCUGAGAUUGUGAACAAGUCUCGUCAAUGCAAAUACCCUAAAACUGAUAUACAGUGUAAGAACAGGAUUGAUACUGUCAAGAAGAAGUAUAAGCAAGAAAAGGCUAAGAUUGCUUCUGGUGAUGGACCUAGUAAAUGGGUCUUCUUCAAGAAGCUAGAGAGUUUGAUUGGUGGUUCUAUUACUACCAGAGCUUCAGAGAAGGCUCCUAUGGGAGGAGGUGGUCUUGUGAAUAGCCGUUCGCAUCUGUUUAAACGGCAAGCUAAAGGGACGCAGGUUAUGGGAGGAGGAGGGGAUUUGAAGAGAGGUUCUGAUUCGAUGCGUUGGCAUUUUAGGAAACGAAGUGCUUCUGAGACUGAGUCUGAGUCUGAGUCUGAUCCUGAACCUGAGGCUUCACCUGAUUCUGCUGAGAGUUUGCCACCACCGCCUCAACCUGUUUCGUAUCAGCUGCCAAAGAGGUUGAAGGUGGAUAAGAGUGAAGGAGGGAGUGGAGUUGGAGAUGUGGCGAGGGCGAUACUUGGAUUCACGGAGGCUUAUGAGAAAGCUGAGACUGCUAAGCUUAAGCUUAUGGUGGAGUUGGAAAAGGAGAGGAUGAAGUUUGCGAAAGAGAUGGAGUUGCAGAGAAUGCAGUUCUUGAAAACUCAGUUGGAGAUAACACAGAGCAAUCAAGAAGAGGAAAAGAGGAGCAGGCAGCAAGGAGGAGAUAGAAGGAUCGUUGAUGAUGAUGAUGAUGAUGAUGAUGAUGAUGAUAAUGAGGAUGAUGAUCAUCGCAGUGUCAAGAAUAACGGCAAUGUAAGUAGCUGACAAACAAUUGAAACACAAAAUGUUCCUAUUGAUAUUUGCUAUGAUAAAAAGCUGUCUAGAUUGCUGGAUUAUUUAGGAUUUCAUGUUGUUGUUCUUGUUGUUGUUGCUGCCUUGUGGGGAUGUGUAAAUGUAGUUAAGUUAUUAUGACUCUGAUCAUCGUCGUCAUGUUGUUGUUAUCGUUGUUGUUGUUAUCCGUCUUGGCUGAAAUAUGGGCAAAAACCUUUGAACUUGAA